AUGAAUGAUAGAAGCGAGAAAAAUUAUUAUGUUCCAGAUGCUAUUACUUAUAGUCAGUUGAACACAAGAUGUAAGAAAAUUCGCAAACGCAGCCUGUAUGAGCUAACGGGAAAAAGAAAAGAGUGUGGUUCUGACAGUUAUGCCCUUAUGGAGAUCUCAAAGUGCAUGCCUAUGAUGAAAGUUAGGAAAGGUUUAAAGAAAUAUAGUGAUGUUGAAUGUCAUGGACAAAGAUCAUUCAACAUUAAUGCUGAAAAAUCUAUCAAGAAGCUUAGGCGCUCAUCCAGUGUCGAUUCAAAUGUAUUCUGCUGUGUUUGUGGAAGCUCAAUCAAAGAUGAAUUUAAUUGCUUAUUGGAGUGUAGUCGUUGUUCGAUCAGAGUGCAUCAAGCUUGCUAUGGCAUUCUGAAAGUACCGAAGGGCCACUGGUAUUGCAGACCAUGCAAAACAAGUUCUAAAGAUAUUGUGUGUGUUCUCUGUAGAUAUGGUGGUGGUGCCAUGACUCGAGCAUUAGGAAGUCGUGCAUUUGUAAAAGGCCAUUUGAAAGCUUGGAACAUUGAAGCAGAGUCUAGUCUGGUUGUUGGUAAUGCUUUUUGUAACUUGCAAUAUAAAGAUCUUGGGCUGUCAAGAACUGCUGUAUGGAAAAUGGAUGUGCAGAAUGAUUUGAGCAUUAUUCAAUGUAUGUCUAAUAGCGUAACUGCUGGAGUACUUGAUUCUACUGUCAAACAGUGGGUACAUAAGGUCUGUGGCCUCUGGACUCCCGGUACACGUUGCCUAAAUGUUGACACCAUGAGUACUUUUGAUGUAUCUGGUGUUUCACAUGCAAGAGAAAAUGUGGUUUGCUUUAUUUGCAAUUGACCGGGUGGCUCAUGUAUACGGUGCAUGGUUGUGGAUUUUUCAGUUCAGUUUCACCCUUGGUGUGCUCACCAAAAGGCUCUAUUGCAAAGUGAGGUUGAAGCGGUUGAUAAUGAAAAUGUCUGUUUCUCUGGAAGAUGUGUGCUUCAUGCUUCACACCUGACAUGUGAGUCUGCUAAUGAUCCCACCGAUGCUGAAUUGAGUUUUCCCAGGAAAGGAGAAUCAACCUGUGCUCGAACAGAGGGUUUCAACGGCCUCAAACAAGAUGGCUUUUGGCACUACAUUUGUGGUCAGUCAAGAAGAAAGAGUGGAUGCUUUGUUCCUCUGGAGCAGUUAAAUGCUUGGAUUCACAUUAAUGGGCAGAAGUCAUGCAUGCAGGGGCUUCCAAAGCUGCCAACAUCAAAUACUGAAUAUGAUUGCCGGGUAUAUUAGAGUUGCUUAUUUACC